CUAGGGUGCUCCCUGAACCGCUGCCACUCAGCGGAGAAGCCAAGCUGGAAAGGGGCAUGAUGACGGCAUCGGCACUGUGGUGCAUCUUUCCCAUCUUUGCCCUCCCCAUCUCGCAUGCCUUCCGACCCCUCCCCGCACCCGUCCCCCUUUCCCGCCCUCCACCCACACCUUUCCACGCAGAGGCGCCUCAUCGGUCGCUGAGGCGGCACGCCACUGCUAUGUCUGCGCGUAAGAAGAGUCGGAUCUUUGAGCAGAUCGUGGCUGCCGAGGAGGAGGCUGAGCCGGAGCCUGUGGACGACGUGCGGCUUGAUUGGGAGGAGGCCGCCUUGCCGUCGCCGACGAGGGAUUACAAGAUCUACAUGCAGUUCAACCCAGAACGAUCUGACCUCGAGCUUAAAAAGGUCGGGCAGUGUGUCCAUGAUGCAGAGGACAGUCUGCAUGGCUUUCCAUGUGUGUGUGUGUUGUGCAGGUGGUGUAUGGCUACGUGCAGCAGCUGCAGCGGCUAGGGUGCGGCGACAACAUCAAGGUGUUUUACCGGGGAAGGAAGCCGAUCAACCCGCCGUUCAUCCAGGGCUACGACUCGUUCCACUUUGUGGAGAUUUGGGUGGGCCUCUUCCCAAGCGCCGUGCAGGUCCUCAAACUCACAUUCGACGCAGACAAGGACCUGCUCAGGUGAGGGAGGAGCGGCAGGCAUGGCAAGGCUCGGUGUGUGCCGUCAUGACCACUCCUGUGUCUGUGUCUGUGUCUGUGUGUCUGUGUUAGGUAUAUGAUCAUGAAGCGCCUCAAGAUGAAGAAGAAGGAGCAGGAGAAAUACAUCGAAGAGACCGCUGGUGAGAGAGACAUUCUGCCACCUCGUGGAUGGCUCCAUCCACCUGUGAGUGUGUGUGUGUGUGUGCGUCUGCAGCUCAAGAGGCGAGUCGGUUCGGCGGCCCUCGUGACGACUACAGCUAUGUGGAGGGCGUGUCUUUCGACCCUGCCAUGAACAGAUGACGCACGUACCUACAUGAAUGGGAUGCAUGGUGGAUGGCUACUCGGCUCUACUGGCCCCCUCCCCUGCUGCUGCCGACGUGCCUUUUUCGGUGUGCCUUGUGGUCUACCCAAUGAAGGAAGCCAUACACAUGACAUGACGCUCUGCCGAUGACUGACGUGCUGCCGUGUCUGUCCGUCUUGCCCAUCUGUCUCUCCCAUUCUCUCUGCACCGCUUUCCUUCCCCUCGGUCCGUUGUCAUGCUGGUUGGGUGGCCAUGCGCACGUACAUAACAUACGUGUGGACGAGCCUGUCACCGGAGUGAUGACGGACAGGGGGCAGGCAGGCCGUCUGGUGUGAUGUGGGUUGGUGUGCGUAUGCGUUGACAAAGUCGUGAGCUCGCUCGCUGCACACACGGAUGGGAUAGAUGAGGUGAUGAGUGACACUAUCUUACCUGCUCGUCUCCCUCGCGCCUUGCUGGGUGUGCGUGUCUGUGCGUGGAGGCGCAUGUCGGUGUUUGUAGACUGGCCUCAAUCUCCCGGCCACACACACAUGUGCAGACAGACAGACUGAUCGGUCGCUUUCAAGGCUGUCUGUCAUGAGAACCAUGAAUAUGCAG